AUGGCUCAAAACCCAGCCAAUCGACACAAUCGAAUUGUUCAGCGGGAAGCCCUUGAACGCGAGGUCUCCGUCGCAAAUGAAAAAUUCACGGAAAUUCAACAACAGCUCCUCAAGCUUAAGGCAAGCCUCAAUAAGACCUCGCUCAUUAUGGCCUACCUUCCAUUGGAGGUCUUAGCGGAAAUAUUCACGCUGGUCGUCGAGACGCGCAAACCUCUGUUCAAUGUCGACAAAGUCGUUCCGCCUUCGUUCAUUCUUGGCAGUGUCUCCAGAGCAUGGAGGAAGGUCGUUUGGUCAAUGCCGCGUUUAUGGACGGUAGUUUCAAUUACCAUCUCUUCGAAGAAGCACGAGAUUCAACGGGAGUUGCUCGAGGAUUGGGUGGAGAGGUCUGCUUCGCUUGGGUUGCAUAUCUACCUCCAGUCAUAUUGGCCGACGCCUUCGACAGUUUACGAACCGCUUCUGGCUGUGUCAGGACGUUGGGAGAGCUUCUAUGCGAGUGGAAAGUUCAAAAGCUUGUGUUCUCGGUUGGAAGACUCUCAGUAUCGAUUCGACCGGAUGUCCUCUCUACAAAUUUCCUUCGCCUCAGACAGCAUCCUUUGGCGGUUUUCCGGUGCAGAUCGGCUCAAGACUCUCAAAAUCGAUUAUGGUCCAACUCUCGACCUGCUGGAGGUUUCUCUUUCUCAUGUUGAACAUAUGGAUGCCUAUCUCGACCCGAGCAAUUGGGUGUUCGGCCUCGAGAGAAUGCCCUCCCUCAGGACCUGCAAGCUGAGGUUGGCCAGCGACAGAGAGCACACGAGACCUCAUCCCCCCGCCAAGUUGACGACGUUCCAGCGUCUCGUUGCUUUGCUCAUCUCCAUAGAUGGAGACUUGUCAGAACGCACCGCCGUUGCGCAGGUUCUUGACGUCGUCACCGCGCCACGCCUCGAUAGCCUCGACAUCCGCCUCGAAUAUAUAGAGCAGGACUGGAUCCCGCAGUUCUUCAACAUGCCGAAGCGCUCCGCCUGUCAGCUGACGACGUUGCUCAUCGAUAACAGUGGCAACAACUUUGCAGAAGCGGACCUCGUCAAGCUCCUCCGCCUGCUCCCCUCUCUCAAGACAUUCGCCAUGCGCCAAGGAGUGAUCAUAUCUGACAAGACCAUAAACGUACUCAACCCGUCGCUAUCAAAGCACGCUUCACUUCCCAAUCUGACAUCUCUGGAAUUCAAUGGCAAGAUCACCUUCAACCUCCAAUCCAUGCUCUCGAUGGUCAGAGAGCGGCUGCGGGCUUCGAAUCAAGCGCCCGCAUCGUUUCAGAGGCUGGAAACUUUUCGAAUUCAGUAUUCGAACAUCUCUUGGGGUCGCAAGAAGGACCCUAAUGACCUCCAAGCCUUUUACACGCAAUUGGUGUCCUUGAAGCAGUUAGGAACGAAGCUCGACAUCGUUUGGGUGGACGAUGACUAA